AUGACAAGCUGGUUCGCUAGUGGCCGCCCGGCUCUGUUUGAUGCCAUCUCCAGUGCGUGCGAUCUUGUCGAUCAACAGAUCGCUGCAGACCUUGAGCUGGUGAAACAGGAGCUUGACGAAGCUCUCCAGCAGAGAGAUGAUCACGCGGCAAAGGUUUCUGACUUGGCGGCUGAAAAUGCUCGUUUGAAGGAGAAAUUGCACAAGGCAACAGCCAAGGCAACGGGAGACGCGAAAACUCCUGAGGCAGCGCCAUCACCACCACCAGGAGUUUCCAGGAGCAACUCAUCCGGCAGUGAACCAGACUGGAAGGCUGAGUGCGCCAGGGUCAGUCUCAAGUUCAACGCGCUCUCGGAAAACUUCAAAAAGGCCAAGGACGCGCUACGAAAAAGGAAGGAGGAACGUGACAGAUGGGUUGCUCACGCCACGCUACUGGAGAAGAAGAUCAAGGCAGCCGAGGAAGAGCAUGGAAUUAGCAUUACGGAUCGUCAAAACAGGGGCAGCCGGGCGACAACACUUCCAGCGGCCAGGACAGAAGACGCUGGCCCAAGUCCAAACACCAGCUUCACAUCCGAAGCCGGGCUCGAACAAGCUGACCUAGAAUUACCUCCCUUAGCCGCAGCAUCGCUUGGUCCCGACAACACUGCUCCUCUGCCCGACACUACGGCUGCUAAUCCCAGCUCGGAUGCGACGGCCAGUGAGGUUGAGUCUGGCCAAGGAGAUGAACUGCCCGAGUUGCCGGCCCAGGAGGAUGUUGAGCACACGCAAAUUAAGGAGGAGCCGUCGUCCGAUACGCCUGUUGUCGUUUCCGAGAGAGCUGUGAAGAAAAGGAAACGAAACGAUGGAGACCCCAACGAAUCACCUUUGCAAAAGGUCAAGCUGGAACCAAUUGACGACAGCUCGAGCCCUGUUCAACCCAUCGGUCCAGCUACACUCGUUCCACAGGAGAGCAUAGAUCUCGGAGACAUUGCACAAAAGUUGUUGACCCCGAGGAAACGUAGGGAGAUGGAAGAGUCGCAACGUCGAGACCAAAUGCAAAGCGAAGCCUUUGCGACAGCAACACCCAGGACCCUAUUUGUCAGGCCAGAUCCGGAACCACAAACAGUUCGACCCUUGGAACGAAAAUCAGCCCUCACACCACUCAGUGUCAACCGACGGACUGUGCGAUCAGGCGAUGAUAAGCCAACCACACCUCUUAGAAAGGGGCUGGAUCGUGGCAUAUCAAACGUGGCUGAAGAUGGCGAAGCAUACAGGAAAACUGGGAAUAGUACGAAUCAAGCGCCUAAGGGACGACUGGAUACGCUAUUAAACAGCCCUGCUGCUCAGGAAAACGAAACCGUAGCCCGUCCGACACCUCGAGCACCAGCAAGGCUAAGCACUCUUUCAGAAGGCCUGGCGAUUCCAGGCCGACGGGUACUUCCUUUUGAUCGAGAAGGACGCGUCAAAGAGAGGACUCCUACUCGCCCAACGGGUGCAUCUGAUCGCGCCAGUGCUCUCAGUGUAAAGGCUACGCCACAAGACACGCGAUCUCCGUUGGCCUCUAAGAAAGGCACGACGUCUACGUUGCGAAACAAACCAGUGGCGGAGCUGCGGCCCGACGAUUUCAAGAUCAACCCACAAGCCAAUGACGGUCACGACUUUGCGUUCUCUGACGUGAUUCGUGACAGGGAUGAGAGGGCUCGCAUGCAAGGCUGUACAGACAUGCACUGUUGCGGGAAGCACUUUCGAUCUCUUGCCAUCUCGCAGCGCCCAGACCCCCCUCUUACGGCAGCUCAGCGACAAGAGGAGCAGAAGCUACUAGAGGAGUACUUGGGCAACUUUGCGUAUCGACUAGGGACGAUGGACAAGAAAGAGAGAGAUGAGCUCUGGAUCGAGGCCAAGACUCAGGAACUCGCAAACAAAUACGGCAAGCAUCGAUACCAUUACUCGAGGAUGCGGAGUCCCCCAGGAUUCUGGAAUGCAGAUUUCCCCAGCACCCAAGAGAUGGAGGCUGAGAGGGAAGAGGCUGCCAAGCGAGAGAAGCAGACUGUUCAGGACAGGUACAGAGAAGCUAUGCGGCCUGGUGGUAGAUGGCUGUUCAGGGAUGAGUAG